CUUCACUUCCGUUCGGUGCGUGAAUACAAAAAACAAAAACAAAUUUCAAUAUAUUGUUGAUUGUAGCAAUCCUUAGAUUAAAUGUAAAUCAAACUAAUAUUAUAAAUAAAACCGUGUCUUGCGGUCCCAGUGCUUUUUUUUUUAGUACAGUUUACUUUUUUGACUUCUUGAAAAGUUGAAAAAUAAAAAACAAUACAGAAAAACCUCCCAAGGCAAGGAAGGAGCUAAACUAUUUACUAUAUACAAGCCGGCAACAAAGGCAAAGAAAGGGUUUUCCGGUGUAAAGCCCCUGAAAUUACAGGAAGUAAACUAAGUGUUAAAGGUUGAGAUGUACACAGAUUUCUGUUCCUGAAACAGAAAAAAAGGAUUUAGAAUGGAGAAUACCUUUUCCGUUGGAUUAAAAAAUAAUAUUGCUCCACAGCAAGAAUAUCUUCUUCAAGGCAGUAUCGUUGAUCUCCACAGAGAAGUAUUGAUACACAGAUUAAGAGGACUUUGUGACAAUGCUGACAAACAACCAGAAACAUUCUCUGAUCAUGAAAUGGUUUUCGUGCUAAGAGGUGCCACUGCCCAGCAAAAUCCUGUUUUAUUUCGUGUCAGAAGGUCAUUAGAUCCCCCAGAUGAUCCAUCGUGGCACAUUAGAUAUUUAGGAACAUCUGAAAUUGGGGAUAAAAAUCGUCAUACUCUAGUUCGAGCCUGUUUCGAUGUAGCAUGCUCAAAUAAUGUAGUAAAGUUUCUAAAUGAAAUGGGUUUCAGGUCGGAUCAUGAAUAUUGUGUUAAAGGUUAUUUCUUCCAUAAAGGAAGAAUGAAAGUUACUGUAUCCAAGAUUUAUAGAAUGGUACAAACUGGUGCACCCGAUGGUAAUACCCAGGAAGCUAUGACACAAUCCAGUCUGGUAGAACUUAGUGUAGUGGCACCAGCAGGGCAGGAACAAAUAGCAGAUGAUAUGAAGAACUUUGCUGAACAGCUUAAACCUCUUGUACAGCUAGAGAAAGUUGACCAGAAGAGAUUAUCAGUACAGUGAAGAUAUUAAAACUAUUGUUGACGAAAUUGUGUAAUGUGCAAUGGUGCAUAUAUAUAUCUGUAACAAUUUCCUGAACAAUCAUGUUCACUUCACAGAGAUAUGAACAUCAAUAAAUAAUAGCUGAUAGAUUUUGAAUGAUGGUUGGGGAAUAAUGGUGAUUGCAACUGGAGAAAAAUAGAUUAGUGUACACUCUAUUAUAGACUUCAGAGUGAUAUUAGAAUGUGACCAACAGUGUUUUAAACACAAUAUCUACUGGUAUUCUAAAUAGUCACAGCUAAUGUGAGCAGUGAACAGAUUCUAAAGCCGAGUUUAGGCUUCAAUCAAUAAUCAGUGGUUCCUGAAUACAGAACAAGCUAUUAUUUGUAUAAAUUUUAAUAAAAUGUCAAAAAUCAAUACAACAAGUAUUACUGUUAUUCAACCAAAUCAUUUCAUUUUAACCUUUCUGAACGUAAGUAACAGUAUCGGUACAGUUCUGCUUUUAUUUGCCCACAUAUUUUUCUAAACCACUUGGGAUUGUUCUGGUAGCUAUACGGAGCAACCCUAUCAAAAAUCAGAAUACUUCUCCUUUCACCAAAAAGUGCACUACCGAUUAGAGUUUUUGAUUUUCUUUUUUCAAAUUUUCUUGGAUUGUUGAGCUAGUCGUAACCGGGAAUCCUAUCAAAAUUCAGAAUCGUUAUUGUCUCUGUUAAAUAGUUUGAGAUUUUUUGGAUCAAACUUAUGUUCAGAGUGAUGAGGUAUCCUAGGUUUGAAACAAAAUAGAGUAUUAACAUAUUAUAUUUGUGCUGCAACUGGUCUAAUGAAGACCUGUAUAUGCCAUGCUUUGUCCUAUGAGGGAAAUAUUGCCUGGAUAGUAGUGGUACUCGUAUUUUGAUUUCCAUCUGUCGAGGGAUCUUGGGUAUAUCUAACUUUUGACCUCCUAGUUACUGAUCCAUCAUUAUACCCACAAAACCACAAAAUCAAUCUUGCAUUUGAAACUUUUUGAAUACGUAUUACAAACUGCAAACUAAGCAGUUCACAAGCUAUUUGUUUUUAUGUGUUAUGCUUAAAGGCAAUAUGACACCCAAAUUCUAAUUUGUUUUAAUUUAUAAUUUAUUAAAAGGAAUCUAUUAUACUGCUAUACUGUUGAAAUGUUGAGAAAUUGCAUCCUGUUUUUAUUUUAAAUAUGACCAAUCUCUUAUAUCUAAUAGAUUGUAAUUUGGAAUGGAAUAAAAUAGUAGCAGAAUAAGGUUUUGCGAUCUGCAUAAACAGAAAUCUAAGUACUGUAUAAGUUUAACAUCACAACAACAAUUUAAUUAGACCAUUCGGAGACAAAUAUUGCUCCAAUGGAGUUGGAGAAUGGGGAUACACCUAGGGGGGUACAUUUUAAUUAAUAAAGACAUGAAAUAAUUAAAUGUUUAUUCUCAAAUUGGAUUUCUAUACAUUUAUCAUGCUGGUGUUAUUAACAUGAAUUUUUA